AUGCGUGCCGCUGCGCUGCGUGGCCUGCUGCGUCCGCCGAGCGCCAGCACUGGCGCCAGCCAGCUGCGCGCCGGCGGCCGCCACGCCUCGGCCGCCGCCGCGCCCGCGCCGCGCGUCUACCACUACAACAUCAGCACCCACGGCCUCCUCUUCCUCGCCGCCACGCAGCCGCAGAACAUCACCUCGGCGCUCAAGGACGCGCGCUUCCUCGACUUCUUCUUUGCGCGCGUGCGCCGCGUGCAGCGCGCCGGCGCCGAGCUCGCGCUGGCGCAGCAGCAGGGCGGCGACGGGCAGGGCGCGUAUGCGUGGGUCUCGCCGUGCCAGGGCGAGCUGAACAUGCUGCGCGCCGCCGCCACGCCCAUCGUGUACCGCGAGCUCGGCGACGAAGGCCUGCUCUGGGGCGGCACGUACCGCGAGCCCUUUGACCCCGCGGCCUUGCGCGUCUCCGCCAAGACGGGCUACGUGUACCAUCCGGCGCCGACGCCACCUCUGCGCUCCUACGCGCGAGCCGUCGAGCGCGCCCGCGCUGAGGGCAGCGCGCCGCCGCCGAACCCUUACGGCGGCUACGCGCUGCUCUCCUCGUCGCUCGUGCUGGCGCGCCUGGCACACGGCCUCGACCUCGCCAGCGAUGUGCGUGCCGGCGAGGAGGCCGGCGAGAUCGAGUUCGACGGCACGCGUCACCGUCUGCGCGCGCUCGAGGAGCACGAGGUCGAGGGCGGCAUGUAG